AAUGUGCAUACCUUUUUAAUCUAUUCCACCACCUACAUAAGGAACAAAAAAAGCAGUUUAAAUGUUAUAAAUUUUAGGAGUAAGUUAAUUUGUGGUUGGCUUGAUUAAAUUAUUCGUUUUACAAUAAAUGGCAGGAUUUUAUGAUUUCUUUACUAUAUUCAUACUAUAUAUGGCAUGGGCAUAAUUAAAUUAUUGUAAUUGUGUGAUUGCUGUAUUUUACUUUUUAUAAAAUGUAUUAAAAUUUUACUUAUGUAGUUAUUGAUGAUUUUUAUAUUUUUUGGUAUGAAUGUUGAAUUGAGCAUUUCAUUCUUUUAGCCAACAAGAUUUGGAGUAACAUUUUUUAUUUUGUUUUUCUAUUAUAUUGGAGCAUGUUAUGUGGCAUUUUUGGCUUAUAGAGAGUUCAAAAUAUUAUAAUAUGAUUAAAUGGGAGGAUUGAUCCAAACAAAUCAAUAGAAUGAUUGGGGAUAAAAUACUAAUCAAUAAUAGUAAUAAUACUAAUAAUAACCAUACUACAAUUAACCAGCUUAACCUUAAUAAUAAGAGUAGAGAGGGUAGUUUUAAGCAUUUACAGGAAGAGGAGUACAAAUAGGUUGAA